CCUGCCACUCCUUCUCUCUCUCCUCCCAGCCUGUCUCUCGCUCCUUCUAACUUCCGCUCUCUGUUGUCAUUACAUUCCUGUCCCAGCUCUCUGACACUUGCUGGCAGCUUCACCAUGAAGGGAAAUACAGGCGCUGAUGACCCCCUGUGUAGUGAGCCCCCCAGUUAUAACACGAUUGCGCCCUAUGCUCCGCCAGUUUUGUUCCCGCCAGUGCCAUCCGUGCCACUUGUGGACUCCAUCCAGUUGAAGGGAGUCCCGCUGGGUUUGGAGUACCUCAGCCAGAUAAACCAGUUGAUUUUGCGAGCAAAAUUCUCUGUGUCUCAGGGUAGUGAUCGAACGUUUGAUGUGCUGGAUUCUGUCGGCCAGCGGUUAUUUCAGACAAAGCAGACUGUUCCCUGUUGUGUAAUUUCCUAUAAGGCAAAAAUUACGGAUAACGACAAUAGAGACAUUAUGGAAUUAAACGAGUCUUAUGGAUGUUGUACCAGACUGAUGACGGUGUGUUCUCUGGAUGGAUCUAUUAUAGGACAGAUCAAGUUUCACAGCGGCAGUGUAGUUAUCCACCUCUCCCUUCUGAGUCCAAACAACGAGGUCAUCCUACUCAUCGUCGGACCCGGCUUCGAGACCAAUGUCUUUGGGAACUCUAGCUUUGAGGUGAAGUCUAAGGAUGAGCAGCACAUUGUGGGGAUUAUAAAGAGCGAGGCUGAGAAUCGGAUGAUGGUUUCAUUUCCGCUCGAUUUGGAGGUGACAGUGAAGUCGUUGCUCCUGGCCGCCAGCUUGUACCUGGACUAUGUUAUUUACGAAAAGAGACAAGAGAUCCUGUACAGGAAGAACAGUGACUGACAUUCCGCGCCCGUCUCUGUACACAAAUCCCUUGUACAUAUGUGCAGCUAUGUGUUUCAGUGUUUUAAUACUAUUUCAUGCAAUGUAUAUUAUAUUAUUCUAUACGUCUGGAAUAAAUAUAUAAUGUAUAAGGAACAAACCCGUAUUCCUGUCACUAUUUAGGCGCCAGGUCCGCCACCAAUUUAAAAGGCACGUAUACUCAGAUUUAUUUCAGCACCGCACAGUCUUGGCUGGCUCCACCCCCUUGGGUGAGAUCAUAAAAUUGACAAUCUCAGCCUAUCCAAUGCAUCUCUAGUGAGGAACGUUCAGCGCCCCCUGCAGAGUGUGGAGACGCCGAAUGUCAGUGACUGUUACUGGAAGUGUCCCUAGGGAGCAACGUAAA